GUGGUGUGUAGGGCACGUAAUGGAUGGGACCUUCUCGACACCACGAAUCUUUGAGUCGAUCUUCUCGACACCACAAACCAUGAGUCCCGAAACGCACAUUUGCUUGGCAGAACCGUUUCCUCCUUGCGCGAGAUCAGUGCGGCAUUUCAACGGUGUGACUACGAUCCACGAAGCGACCACAGAGGACUUCGACGAGGACCCCUGGAUGACCGUUGUCCCAUGCAGGGACGCGGAUAUUGACGAUUGGUGUGAUGGGAAUUGGGCCACGAUGGAGAGUCGCUGCCCUUGGGCAAGCCAGUACAAAUUCGCCAACAUGUUGGAGUUCGGGAACCUCAUCCCGCUGCCUAAUGCUACGUUGACUUCAUGGUGUGCUGUUCGAUUUGCGUUGUCGUUCGCAGACAGUACGUCUUCUUCCAAGGGCGAGGUGGAGCCAACAGGGACCUCCGUGAAGGAAUCACGAAAAGAUUCCACAAGGCGGUCGUCUACUGCCACGCAGGGGUGGUCGAACCAUUCGAGGUCGAAAUGGUUCAUCGACUGGUGCUGUGGAGAUGCUUCCAACCCCACUGGGCAGCCAUGUGGUCCAGUCAUCUUCAUCGAUGACAGCAGAAGGCGUAGAGUGCUUGGUGCCGUCUUGCGGUGGGAGGACGCAAAGGGGGGCCGGCGACAUUUCUAUAUGCAGAAAGUUUAUGGCGCCAAGGGCAACGUCGUUGCCAAUUCGAAAAGGACAUUGUUGGACCUUGAAUUGUGUGAGGGGUUCGGAGCGGGUGCUGUGAACACCCUGUUCUACAGAGAACUCGUUCUCGGGGGCAGUUUUGUUUUGGCAUGUGAAUUUUUCGACAUGUUGGAGGACAAAAACAUCGCUCUAGACGUCCCCUGCGACGUCAACCCAUCCCUGGAGCUGUCGUUGUCGUUGAAGCUAUGCAGUGGUUGCCAGUCAAGCGGGGCAGCGGCGGAGGGCGGUGAUCUGGGUUCUGGUCCCGCCACUCAGCUGCACCGUGGCGAGAGCCGAGGUCAGUUCGACGACAGCGAGGAUGAGGGGACUGCUCUGUCGUUGAGUGACAUGCGGCGGUCUGUGUUGUCUAUUCCUGGGGUUCAGACUGAUGCUCCGGUUCAGCGGAAGAGUACGGGGCCUGCAGUACAGGUGGCGGCCUAUUCGGAGGUCGACUUGGAGGCGAGCGAGGGACAGGGUGUGGAGGAGGUGGACGAGGGAGGCCUAGGCUCGCAAGGAGCUCCGCAAAAGAGGAGGGGGGAUCGUCGAGACGAGUUUGCCGGUUCUACGAAGAAGUUAAAGAGCAAGGCCCCCAGGACUGCGGGGGAGAAACGCAAGGGGACCGAGGGGGAGCAGGGCCGGCAGGUUGCCAAACGACCGUCUUCGAGACAGAAGCAGCCUGAGUCUGGACCGUCUUCUCCACCGACAACAGGGACUCCCAUCGACGUCGACGCCGGGUACUUCCUCGAGUACAAAGACGGCGUUCGGACAAAGCGGGAGUUCGACAUUAGCCCUGCGCAGGUCGUCGACCUCGGGGACUGGGAGGACCUAAGCGAUGCGGUUGGCGUUCGAAAACAAAGCCCAAUCUUACGAUUUACCAACCCUGAAGCUGGCGUGCUGGGGCUUGAUAAACCGACUCCGGGGACCAAGGCAGAACAUCUGAGGCCGGAGGAUUGGAGGGAUGAGCUGGCGGGACAAUACUACUACAACGCGGUGUGUGGGCAGCACAAUGCGGCUGCAGCGAGGUCGAUGCUCGGCAGCGAGGUGGCCAGGAAAUACGAUUUCGAGCGGUGGCCUGGACGAAUGGUCAACUUUUCGGACGACGACUUCGAAGGGUACUUCCUUGUCAGUUCCCAGGACAACAAGAAGGACCUGAAGGCGCCCCCACGACAGCUGAAGCUGUCAAUGAGGGACAUAAGGUGGCAGUGGAAGCGCGCCGGUUGCCCGCGUGCUGUUAUGGGGAACCCCAUCGGAAAACAGGAUCAGGUCCGGAAGUGGCGUGAAUUCUGUAAUGUCGCACUCAACAUGACACCGCACAACAACUUGUGGAUUCUCGCAGAUCAGCAGGGCGAUGAGGCCAUCAGGAAACAAGGCGCUGCCCUGCGCUCCUAUUUCCCACUGGCGAUGGCAGGGGAGAACGUCUGGAAACUGGCCGUCAAGUUUUUCGAGAAAUGGGAGACAGGCAUAUUGCUCGAACACGACGGCGCAAAGUGGAUCAUGCGGAAGAAGAAAGUCAAAAAUGUGAAGCCUGGGGUUGCAUACAUCCAUAAUGACAAGCUGGGCAGGAAGGAGGUCGUGUACAACGUCCCUAUGGACCCGCUGACAAAGAAAGGCAAAAAGGAGAAAGAGGAGGGCGAGUGGUUCGUGCAAGUGCCAGAGCCGGACGCGCAUUGUUGGAAAACGAUGGAGUCGCUGACAGACAACGAGAAGUGCCACGUCCUGAAAAAGGUGCUCGCUUGCGAGGUGUUUUGGGUACAGGCCGGCUCCCCAGCGUUGGCGAAGCUCGGAAAGUUGAGCGUCCAGGAGGUGGUGAAUCUGGUGAAGUGCAACCGGGUGCUGGUCCGGAAUGAGAGUCGUGGUUUGGAUGCUGAGUUGUGGGAUGGGAGCACGAAAUACGUCACUGACUCCUCGCUGUUCAAGGACUGCCCGCCCUACAUGGGCUGCGACGACGACAGAUCGAUCGAGGCGACGGAGAAGCUGGCCGGUCACAAGAAGUUGUCCGUCGACUGGAGGAAUAAGGUCCUGUCCGUGUUGACUGGCAGUAGACUGAAGAGUCGAGAGAUCGCGCUCGCCGAAGGCAUUGUGCACAUAAAAUGGAAUGACACGGGCAACGUGACAUCCAUCGCGCCAUUCGGCAACGACCCCUUGGAGGCAGACAUAAGGAGUGCGGAGGUGAAGGAGGCAGUGGUUGCCACAAAGAGUCACACCUUCGUCCUCGAUCUGUACGAACUGGUGGACCUGAAGCUUUUGAAACCGCAAGCGUUCGACACUCUGGAUUCCCAACUCCAGACGUGGUGUCCGUCGCAUUGGAUGCUCGUUGUUUUUAUUCUGCGGCAGCAAAACCUCUACUUUCUGGCCUGCAUGAACCAUCUUUCUUUCGUCAAGCUGCUGGAAGGGAAGUGGGUGAGGAGUCAACAGAAGAAAAGCUUCCCCGUCGGGAACAAUUUGUACACGGAAGACGACCGGAUGUACAUACUCUUCAAAGGCGACGAUUUGCGGGUCAACACGUCCAUUGUCUACGAGGGGAAACUGCCGGCAGGCACCGCUGCUGCAGUGCGGGUACCACAGAAGGUUACGCAAACGGAUGUGUCCGACAUCCCAUUCAACGCUUGCGACUGGUUGCAUUCCUCGCCUGCACGUCGGGGCAUUGUGUACGGGGACAUGAAAUGCAACCCUGCCCAAUUCGUUCAGCUUCUCGAAUCCGUCACCAAGAAGGGGGAGGGUGUCGUCUUCCUCGGGAAGCCACACGCGCGGUCAGUCUGGGAAGUACUGAAGGCAGGACGACACGUCAUCGCGAAGAAAGGGAACUCCGAGCUCUUGCAAUUUACAAUUGAUCUCGUCAAAAGCGAGAGAGACACCGACGCCGAGUACGUGCACCGCAAGGACCACAUGUUCACGUUGCUCGACAACUACCACGACGCCUCCCGCAUGAACACGAAGACCUUCCUCGAGAGGUUGCAGUCCCUUUGCUUCGUGGAGUCAGAGGAGGAGCUGACGUUUGACAGUUACUCCUCCUUGAUCUCCACGGAAGACGAGGAAACCACCGACAUCGAGUUCGACGCGACCGCGGACGAGGAGGGCAGCGACACCGAAAGCCUCGACCUGCAGUACGACCAACAUUCCGCGCAGCACGCUACAGGGUUGUCCUUGGCAGGUCCGUCAACAAGCCCAGCGUCCCUUGUGUCACCGAUAGCGAAACCAGCGCCUAGCACUACCCCGAUGAAGUUGCUGCAGAGAAUGCAAGCUCUGGCCUCCGGCCAUCGCUCACUGCGUCCCGGGUCUGACAUCCCGCCCGAUCAUCUGUCUUGGACGAAUGCCAACAUUCACUUCCUGCCUGAGCCUCAAAGUCGUUCCACGGAGGCGGAUUGGGGCCAUGACAUGAUUAAGCAUCCAGGAGUCAUCCAGCCGGCGAUCCAAAAGGGUGAGUGGAUCGUGGUGGUCGCUGUCCCGGACGGAGGAUGGAUGCCACUCCCUCGCGGGUCGAAGUCUGACUUCCUCGACAUCGCUAGAAUUGCGGUCCUCCAGCAAGUGAGGGCCGAGAAUGGCUCUUUCGCACGCGAAGACGUGUCCGUCAUUUCCACAGCCGGGCGAUUGUUCGCCGAACUUCAGGACAAGUGCUGGUUGGAGCUGACGGAGGACUACUACGACCUCGACACGAGCCCCUCCAAAGGAAGGGUGAACUGGAAAAUCCCCCCUCCCUGUGGGAUGCAUUCGAAGCGAGAGGGUGCGGAAGGAGGGCCCGGCGACAGGGAGACGGUGAAGUUCGCCGGGAUACGAACUUCUCCAGGCAAGGCGUGUGGAGGGCCCGGCGACAGGGAGACGGCGAAGUUCGCCGGGAUCCGAACUUCUUCAGGCAAGGCGUGUGGAGGGCCCAGCGACAGGGAGUCGGCGAAGUUCGUCGGGAUCCGAACAUCUUCAGGCAAGGGGGGCCAACCAGGGAUAUUGGUGUUGGCGAGAGGGGCUGCGUGCGGCGGGCGGGAAGCGCAUUCAUCGGAAAUCGACACGGGUUCGGGCGAAGUGGCUGCAUUGCAUGCAGGGGAAGAAGGCAGGGUGAUGGACAAAGAGAAGGAAGUGGAGGAAGGAGACACAGGGGAGGAAUUGGAGGAAGGAGGGGAUGAAGGGGAGGAAGAAGAGGAUGAAGGAGAGGAAGGGGAAGAAACGAAGUUGGCUGGGUUGCUAGGAGGGCAGGAGGGGGAAAAAGGUGAACUCGAUACAGGAGACGACGAACAGACUUUCAGCGACGACGAUGACAGAUCUGGGGAGUCUUCUGACGGAUUCGGGCAGCUGUAUGGAGAACACCGCGAGGAAGACAACGACGACGAUGACACGGCACUGGGUAUGGAGACAGAGGUGGUCACAAGCCUUUCGGCAGAACGUGAUGACUAUGAGGUCCAAGCAAUGAUGUCUGCCGUCGAUCUCCAACACCGGUUCAACGAAGCUCGUGUAACAGUCAGUCUGACUAAACCGAGUGUGUGUAUUGACAUCGAAGAAGUUAUCGACGGCAUCCUGGGCGACCACCACAUGUCCGCGCAGCCGUCCUUGAUGCCUGGUGUCGACGACCCUCUCGACGUCAAACCUUCCGGGGGAUCUGUCGUCGAUUUCUCCCCGACGAGCUCUCCGAUGCUGCCGCCGACCAUCGCCAGCGGAGGAGAAGGCGGGAUCGGGGGACAACAAGAUUGCAGGCCACGGCACCUGGAACAGCAGUGACUGCGAUUGGAAGCUUGCGGGUUUUAGACGACAUUGAACGAGGCUUGGUGCCACCUGACACUGUACUCUCAACCCUCCACGAUGGCCAGUUGCGAAUUGCAGCGAAGGAUAUUCUCACCCUCUCACUUACCGACGGCAGGGUGAAUGAUGAGGUGGUCAACUUCUACAUGGCGCUAUUAGGAACGACCGCAUAUGGGACAAGUGACAUCCCGCCAGGCCUUCGAGUCUUCACCUUUAAUUCUUUCUUCUUCAGUAAACUGCAACUUCAAGG